AUGACUGGUAAAUGCACUUGUACAGACGGCUUCUAUGGCAUCAAAUGCGAACACGUCUGCCAACCUGGAACCUAUGGAGAAAGCUGCACGAAAUUAUGCCAGUGUCAAAACAGCGCAACUUGUGAUCCAGUCGACGGUCUUUGUACUUGCACGUCUGGCUUCAGGGGUGAAUUUUGUCAAAAUAUUUGUCGGCCAAAUUUCUUUGGCUUAAGGUGCGCUAAAGAAUGUCGUUGUCAAAAUGGAGCAUAUUGUAAUCCUGUAGAUGGGACGUGCGACUGUGCACAUGGGUAUAGAGGGAGCUUUUGCGAAACUCUUUGUCCCACUGGCUACUAUGGACUGGCGUGCUCUAAAUUGUGUUCGUGUUUGAACGGUGCAGCUUGCGACAAUGUAGAUGGCACGUGUUAUUGUGCACCUGGGUAUAGAGGUGUUACUUGUGCAGAUAUAUGUCCGCGUGACACAUACGGAGAUAACUGUGCAAAUGAAUGCACUUGUCAGAACGGAGAUUGUGAUCACGUGUUAGGGACAUGUAAUUGUUUUACGGGCUGGCAGGGCGCCGACUGCAACAUACCAUGCAAUGCCGGUACAUAUGGAGAGGGAUGUCAGGAAGUAUGUAUUUGCAAAAACGGUGGUGUAUGCAACCAUGUAUCGGGUGUUUGUCGUUGUCCUCCUGGAUGGAGAGGCAUUGACUGCAGUUCAAGCUGUCCUGAGGGUACCUAUGGGUUCAAGUGUAAUAAGCGUUGUGUUUGUCAGAAUGAGGCAGUUUGUGACAAUGUGGAUGGGUCAUGUACAUGUACAGCAGGGUGGACUGGAAGCCUCUGCAGUCAGCCAUGUCCAAAAGGAAAAUACGGGUUAAAUUGCGCGGAAAUAUGUCCUUGUAAAAAUGGAGCCCGAUGUCACCAUAUUAGUGGCAAAUGUACUUGCACCUCAGGUUGGCAGGGUGAUUUCUGCUCUAAACCUUGCCCUGCAGGAAGGUAUGGCCUUAAAUGUCGUUCAGUGUGUACUUGUGAAAACAAUGCUCAAUGCGAUCACGUGGAUGGCACGUGUACGUGCUCGCCCGGAUGGCAGGGUAAUCAAUGUUCAAGUCCGUGUGGUCCAGGUACAUUUGGCUAUGAAUGUGCACAGCAAUGUCGCUGUCUGAACCAAGGAACUUGUAGCCAUAUUGACGGACGAUGUACAUGUGUUGCCGGCUAUUAUGGUCCUGCUCUGUCUCUUAUACACAUCUAG